AUGGCUUUGCUCGCCACGGGAAAAUUCGGAGUUGCAAGGACGGUGUGCUAUAUCCUUGCUCAAGGCCUUGGGGCAAUAGCUGGUGCAGGAAUAUUGUACGGUGCCACACCUAAUAAGUACCAUGGUGGUUUAGGUGUGACGUUUAUUAAAGAUGACGUGAAGCCGGCACAGGCUUUUGCUGUGGAGUUCAUGGUGACGUUUGUUCUAGUAUUCACAUUUUUCGCUAAUUUGGAACCUAAACGUGUUGACAUGGGCUCUAGGUCACUUUCGGUCGGCUUGUCGGUGGUUUUGGGACAUUUAUUUGCGUUCGACUAUACGGGAUGUGGAAUGAAUCCAGCACGCUCGUUCGGUCCCGCAGUAAUAACGAAACAAUGGAAGGAUCAUUGGGUGUUUUGGGUGGGACCCUUGAUCGGAGGUAUAUUUGGUGGCUUCACCUACGAGUACACUCAAUGUUCAUCGGAGGACAUUCAGCGGUUUCGGAGCUCCUUUCGACGUCAGAAGUCCCAGGCCUAUGGCGAGCCCGGUCAGGACCAGCGUUGUGACAGCCCGCUCACGACGGAAUUUUCGUUCACCCCUCGAACCGCAUCGAAUGAAGAUCUCAGACUGUGAUUUAUUGCCAGCUGAUGAGUGCCAAUUCUUGAAGCCAUGCUAAAUAGGGCAUUAUUUAC